AUGUCUGGCAAAGGGUCCUCCAGCCUCAGCAAGAAGCGUUCUCGAACCGAUUGUGAGUUGAAAUGGAAAAAGAACGUUGAAACGAAGCUGAAUAAAGAAACUGGAAAAUAUGUGGCGAUCCCGUCUUCUCUGAAUCUCUUGACUGACGACCUUCGUCGUGAAAUUUUAAAGGUUUGGGAAGAAAAUUCAUGCCGGCAUACCGGUAAUGCGAUGUCGAGCUACGAAGUCUAUAAAAAGACAUCACUUGAUUCACAAGCAACACACCCCGCAGAGCCCACGAAAAGAGAAGUGUUGGAAGUUUUGAAGGCUGUUCCAUCCUACAAGGUGGGCACUCUAGAGAUGUACAAACGUUUCCCACACGCCUAUGAUGUCUUUAUGCUUCGGCAUGACUGCUCCGCUAUCCAUUCCUACCUCAUAGAUACAGUCCUGGAUAGGAUUGUGAACUCGGCAAGUUCGAAAGAGGCCUUCCAUUCCCCCCAGCCGCAACCCGAAAUGCAUCCUAUCACUGCUGGUGUAUCCUUUCCCCAACUGUCCCCCCUUCCCUCGAGCCCACCUCCGACGUUGUCGGCCCCCGGGUUCGCGCUGCGGGCGGCCGAUUUCGGCUGCGGGACCGGUCGCAUCGCCGCGAUGCUCGUCCACCACCCCGCCCUACGUUGCCUUUUCACGUACGACCAGGAGCCCGCCAUGCUGCGGCGGUGUCUGCUGAACACGGUGCGGACCGCCGCGGCGUGUGGGCACCACGACGAGGUCCACCUCCUCCCAACGGCUCGUCUUGACACGGAGGAGCGGGUGGUCCUGACCCCGGCCGAUCGGGACAGGAAACACGAUGGGGAAAGGGAACUGGAGGGCGGGGCCGCCGGUGGACGCCGUGGGCGUGUCCUGCGGCUGGUCUCCCGGCCUUGUCCCUUCCAGGCCGUGCAGGAUGGGUUUCUGUCCCACAAUGGGGCGGGCCCGGGCCUGGGCCAAGGUCACACCCCGUGUCACCUCAUCGUGUGUGCGUGGGCGCUGUCGUAUUUGGUGCGGCGGGAGUGGACUGGGGGGAGCUGGUGUGCCGCGGUAGACGCGGUCGUUGGGGAGUGGAUUCGGCUUCUCGACCCCACCGACGCGGACGCCGCGGUGGUGAUCAUUGAGACGCUCGGCAACGGGGCAACGACCCCGACCCGGCACAGCGUCCUUGGGGAGCACCUCGAGGCGAAAUUCGGCUUCCAGCGACGUUGGGUGCGCACAGACUACACGUUCGAAACAAUGGAGGAGGCGGUUCAUAUGUGUCGGUUUUUCUUUGGUGGUGACCGUAUGAAGGAUCAGUUAGAGGUCUUAGAGGACGAUAAUGGUUGUGGUAAGGUAUUGCUGAAGGAAUGCACUGGAAUAUGGACACUAUGGAAACCGCGAAUAAGUAUACCGUAA